UUUCCUGGUGUGAAGCAUUUUACUGUAAAACUUUCUUAAUGUGUAACCAACACAAUAACCAUAAUCACUGUCUUCGUGAAAUCGGUUUUGUGAAGUUUAUUAAACCUGUGAAGCUCAUACAAGACGUGAAGACUGCUCAGCUUCACCAUGAGACGUGUUUGAGAGUCCCAACGUAACAUAUGGAUGCAACAUCAAAAUGGGAAUUAUCAACAUUGUUCCUGCCCUUUUUAUACUCUACACAAUUUCACCCUCGCUCAGUCUCCCCUCGGCCCCCACAUGUGGCUCCCCAGUGAUCUCCAGCCGUAUUGUUGGUGGAGCGAAUGCUGAAUAUGGAGAGUGGCCUUGGCAGGUGCUCAUAAAGUAUAAUGGGGCCUUUACAUGUGGAGGGUCUCUGAUCAAUAACCAGUGGGUGCUGAGUGCUGCUCAUUGCUUCGAUUAUCCCAGCUUUCCGUGGUAUUAUAAUAUUUCCUUGGGAAUGUACCAGAUAGGGGGGUCAAACCCUCAUGGAAUUACAGUUCAGGUGGAGAGGAUCAUAAACCACCCAGACUAUAACACAACCACAAAGAAAGGUGACAUUGCUUUGGUGAAGCUUAAAAAAUCUGUUACAUUUACUGACUACAUCCUACCGGUCUGCCUACCGGCUGCGUCGGUCUCCUUCCCAUCUGGCUUGGAAUGCUGGGUAACCGGCUGGGGAACAAGAUCCUCUGGUGGAAGUCUCCCAUCUCCCAAUACCCUCCAAGAAGUGAUGACCCCACUGAUAGACUACAAGCAAUGUGACCAGAUGUACCACGUUGGUUCCUCCAUCAGUAGCUCUGUCACCAUCGUUCAGAAGGAGAUGAUAUGUUCUGGUUAUAAAGAAGGAGGAAAGGAUUCUUGUCAGGGCGACUCUGGGGGACCCUUGGUGUGUAAGGUGGAUGGUAUCUGGCUCCUGGCUGGGAUUGUCAGCUGGGGUAAAGGAUGUGCUUUACCUAACCGCCCCGGGGUGUACACCCUGGUACCAGCCUAUCAGUCAUGGAUCAAGAUGUACAUACCUGACAUUCCAUUCAGCAAUGUAUCAGUGAUCCCUGAGCCAAGUACAGUUUCUCCUUUGACCAGUCUCCCCUCUGCCCCCGUGUGCGGCUCCCCGGUGGUCUCCAGUCGGAUAGUGGGGGGUACCGAUGCUGUGGAUGGAGAGUGGCCCUGGCAGGCUCUGGUACUGUAUAGUGGUGUCUUUAAGUGUGGGGGGUCCCUGAUCAAUGAACAGUGGGUGCUGAGCGCCGCUCAUUGCUUCAAAUCUCCCAACUUUCCAGAGUAUUAUUCUAUUUCCUUGGGAAUAUAUCAGGUAGGGGGGCCAAACCCUCAUGGAAUUACAGUUCAGGUGGAGAGGAUCAUAAAUCACCCAGCCUAUGCCACAACAGGGGACAGAGGGGACAUUGCUUUGGUAAAGCUGAGAAAUCCUGUUACCUUUACUGACUACAUCCAAUCAAUCUGCCUACCGGCUGCGUCUGUCACCUUCCCAUCUGGCUUGGAAUGCUGGGUAACCGGCUGGGGAACAAGAUCAUUUGGUGGAGGUCAUCCAUCUCUCAAUACCCUCCAAGAAGUGAUGACCCCACUGAUAGACAACACACUAUGUGACCAGAUGUACCAUAUUGGUUCCCCAGUGAGUAGUUAUAUCACCAUCGUCCAGGAGGAGAAGAUAUGCUCUGGAUAUAAAGAAGGAGGAAAGGAUUCUUGUCAGGGAGACUCUGGAGGACCCUUGGUGUGUAAGGUGGAUGGUAUCUGGGUCCAGGCUGGAAUUGUCAGCUGGGGAGAAGGAUGUGCUGUAGCUAACCGCCCGGGAGUGUACACCCUAGUGCCGGCCUACGAGUCAUGGAUCAAGACGUAUAUACCAAAAAUUACAUUCAGCAAUGUAUCAGUGAUUCAUCAGACCACUCCCUUCACCACAACCCAGUCACCACUUGGCAAGUGUGGUUCUCCGGUGGUCUCCAGUCGCAUAGUGGGAGGUACCGAUGCUGUGGAUGGAGAGUGGCCCUGGCAGAUUAGUAUACAGCUCUAUGGAUCACAUAUUUGUGGUGGGUCCCUGAUCUCCAACCAGUGGGUUCUCAGCGCUGCUCAUUGCUUUCAAAGCUAUUCUAACCCAAAGGACUUUGUUGUUUACUUGGGAAUGUACCAACUCUCUGGGAACAGUCCACACAAGCAAUCGGCCACGGUGGAGAAAAUCAUAUUAAACGAACUGUUCACCUCAACAGGAAGCAGAGGGGACAUUGCCCUGGUGAAGUUGUCCAACCCAGUUAGUUAUAACAACUACAUCCUGCCAAUAUGUCUACCAGGAUCAUUCGACAACUUCCCAUCUGGCUUGGAAUGCUGGGUAACCGGCUGGGGUGAUGUGAACUAUGGUGUCGUUCUCUCACUUCCUAAAACACUCCAAAACGUGGAAAUACCACUGAUAGACCAUAGUAGUUGUGAUGAGAUGUACCACAUUGGAUCUUCACUCAGUUGGUCUGAAACCAUCGUCCAGGAAGAGAAGAUAUGUGCUGGAUACAAGGAGGGAGGAAAGGACUCCUGCCAGGGAGAUUCUGGGGGACCCUUGGUGUGUAACGUGGAUGGUAUCUGGAUCCAGGCUGGGAUUGUCAGCUGGGGUAAAGGAUGUGCUUUUGCUAACCGCCCCGGGGUGUACACCCUAGUACCGGCCUUUGAGUUAUGGAUCAAGAACUAUGUACCAGAAAUUCCAUUUAUCAACGGAUCAGUGACUCUAAGUACAGUUAUUCCUCGGACCUCUCCCUCAACCACAACUAAGCCACUACUUGGAAAGUGUGGCUCUCCGGUGGUCUCUGGUCGCAUAGUGGGGGGUACCGAUGCUGUGGAAGGAGAGUGGCCCUGGCAGGUCCUACUACUGUAUAAAGGUGGCUUUAUCUGUGGAGGGUCCCUGAUCAAUGAACAGUGGGUACUGGGUGCAGCUCAUUGCUUCAGACUUUCUAGUUUCCCGGAGUAUUAUACUAUUUCCUUAGGAAUAUAUCAGGUAGGGGGGUCAAACCCUCAUGGAAUUACAGUUCAGGUGGAGAGGAUCAUAAAGCACCCAGACUUUGGCACAACAGGGGACAGAGGGGACAUUGCUUUGAUGAAGCUGAGAAAUCCUGUCAACUUUACUGACUACAUCCAAUCAAUCUGCCUACCGGCUGCGUCUGUCACCUUCCCAUCUGGCUUGGAAUGCUGGGUAACUGGCUGGGGAACUAGAUCAUCUGGUGGAAGUCUCCCGUCUAACAAUACCCUCCAACAAGUGAUGACCCCACUGAUAGACUACACGCAAUGUGACCAGAUGUACCAUAUUGGUUCCUCCGUUAGUAGUUAUUUCACCAUCGUCCAGGAGGAGAAGAUAUGCUCUGGAUAUGAAGAAGGAGGAAAGGAUUCGUGUCAGGGAGAUUCCGGAGGACCCUUGGUGUGUAAGGUGGAUGGUAUCUGGGUCCAGGCUGGGAUUGUCAGCUGGGGGGAAGGAUGUGCUUUACCUAAUCGCCCUGGGGUGUACACCCUAGUACCGGCCUACGAGUCAUGGGUGAAGACGUAUAUACCUGAAAUUCCAUUCAUCAACGGGUCAGUGCCUCUGAGUACAGUGAUUCCUCAGAUCUAUUUCUCCACCACAAACCGACCACCACUUGGAAAGUGUGGCUCUCCGUUGGUCUCUGGAAGGAUAGUGGGAGGUACUGAUGCUGUGGAUGGAGAGUGGCCCUGGCAGGUCCUGGUACUGUUUGAUGGUGACUUUAUAUGCGGAGGGUCCCUGAUCAAUGAACAGUGGAUACUGGGUGCAGCUCAUUGCUUCAAAUAUGCCAGCUUCCCGGAGUAUUAUAAUAUUUCCUUGGGAAUAUACCAGAGAGGGGCGUCAAACCCUCAUGGAAUUUCGGUUCAGGUGGAGAGGAUCAUAAAGCACCCAUACUAUGCUACAGUAGGGGACAGAGGGGACAUUGCUUUGGUGAAGCUGAGAAAACCUGUUAACUUUACUAACUACAUCCAAUCUAUCUGCCUACCAACUGCGUCUGUCACCUUCCCAUCUGGCUUUGAAUGCUGGGUAACUGGAUGGGGAACUAGAUCAUCUGGUGGUACUCUCCCAUCUCUCAAUACCCUCCAAAAAGUGAUGACCCCACUGAUAGACUACAAGCUAUGUGACCAGAUGUACCAUAUUGGUUCUUCAGUUAGUAGCUCUGUCCCCAUUAUCACGAAGGCGAUGAUAUGCUCUGGUUAUAAGGAAGGAGGAAAGGAUUCUUGUCAGGGAGAUUCCGGAGGACCCUUAGUUUGUAAGGUGAAUGGUAUCUGGGUCCAGGCUGGGAUUGUCAGCUGGGGAUAUGGAUGUGCUUUAGCUUACCGCCCGGGGGUGUACACACUAUUACCAACCUAUGUCUCAUGGAUCAAGACAUAUAUACCAGACAUGCCAUUCACCAGCCGGUCAUUGAUUCCCAGUACAGGGAGUUCUGAGACCUCUCCCUCCAACACAACCCAGCCACCACCAGUGGUCUCUGGUCAGAUAGUGGGCGGUACCGAGGCUGUGGAAGGAGAGUGGCCCUGGCAGGUCCUAAUUCUGUAUAAAGGAACCAUUAUCUGCGGAGGGUCCCUGAUCGAUGAACAGUGGGUAGUGAGCGCCGCUCAAUGCUUCAAAUUUCCUAGCUCCCCGGAGUAUUAUAAUAUUUCCUUGGGAAUAUAUCAGAUUGGGGGGUCAAACCCUCAUGGAAUGUUGGUUCAGGUGGAGAAGAUCAUAAAUCACCCAGACUAUAACACAACCAGGAGCAGAGGGGACAUAGCUUUGGUAAAGCUGAGAAAUCCUCUUACAUUUACUGACUACAUCAAAUCAAUUAGCCUACCGGCUGCAUCUGUCACCUUUACAUCUGGCUUGGAAUGUUGGGUAACUGGCUGGGGAACUAGAUCCUAUAGCGGAACUUUCCCGUCUAACAAUACCCUCCAAGAAGUGAUGACCCCACUGAUAGACUACACGCAAUGUGACCAGAUGUACCAUAUUGGUUCCUCCGUUAGUAGUUAUAUCACCAUAGUCCAGGAGGAGAAGAUAUGCUCUGGAUAUGAAGAAGCAGAAAACGAUUCAUGUCAGGGAGACUCUGGGGGCCCCUUGGUGUGUCAGGUGAACGGCACCUGGUUCCAGGCUGGAGUUGUAAGUUGGGGGGAAGGAUGUGCUUCACCUUAUCGCCCCGGGGUGUACACCCUGGUUCCAGCCUAUGAGUCAUGGAUCAAACAGUAUGUGUUGGGUGUGACAUUCAACAACGUGACAAAUAUUCCAAAACCAAGCGUGAAAUGUGAUGAUGAGAGCAUAAGUUUAGUGCCAGGGUCUGACACAGCGCCUCCCUCCUCCAUACCCACGUCAGAUCGUUCAUUGUGUGGCUCCUCCAGGGUCUCCAGUCAAUCAGAUGCGGGCAUCGGUGCCAUGGAAGGAGAGUGGCCCUGGCAAAUCAGUAUACAGUACAAUGGAUCACAUAAAUGUGGGGGAUCCCUGUUCUCCAGUCAGUGGAUUCUUAGUGCUGCAAAUUGCUUCAAAGAUAAUAAUAAUUCUUCCCAAUACACUGUUGCCUUGGGAACAUUACAAAAUGAUGGAUCAAAUCCUCAAACUAUAUUUCUUCAAGUGGAAGAUAUCAUAAUGCAUCCUCAAUAUUCGACAACAGGAAGCAAAGGAGACAUAGCUUUGGUGAAGCUGAGUAGUCCUGUCAACUACACAGACUAUGUUACACCUAUCUGCCUGCCUUCUGAGUCUGUUACCUUCCCAUGUGGCUUGGACUGCUGGGUAACCGGCUGGGGAUCUCCAUCAUCUGAUGGAAGUGUCCAAGCUGCCAAUGUACUCCAGGAAAAGAAGGUUCCACUUAUAGACCAUGAACGAUGCAACCAGAUGUAUCACACCGCCUCCUCAAAUAAUAGUAACACAACCAUCGUCCAAGAGGAGAAAAUAUGUGCUGGUUAUACAGAAGAAAGGAAUAAUUCCUGCCAGGGUGACUUUGGGGGUCCCUUAGUGUGUGAUGUGAAUGGCGUCUGGGUCCAGGCUGGGAUUGUCAGCUGGGGAGAAGAUUGCGACCUACCAAACCACCCUGGGGUGUACACUCUGGUACCGGCUUAUAAGUCAUGGAUUGAGACCUAUGUGUCAGAUGUAACAUUUAGUAAUCUGACAGAUAUUCCUGAGUCAAGCACCGGAUGUGAAACAGAGAAUUUAACCACAAUCUCAGAUUCUCCUCUGAUGGUUCCCUCCACCACAAGGAUGCCAGCCCCGGUUUGUGGCUCUCCGGUGGUCUACAGUCGGAUAGUUGGGGGUACCGAUGCUGUGGAUGGAGAGUGGCCCUGGCAGAUUAGUAUACAGUAUCGUGGAUCACAUAAUUGUGGUGGAUCCUUGAUCACCAACCAGUGGGUUCUCAGCGCUGCCCAUUGCUUCAACGAAGACCUUGAUGUAAAGAAUUAUGGUGUUUAUUUAGGAAUGUACCAGCUCUCUGGAUCAAGUCCUCAUAAAAUAUAUGUGUCAGUGGAAAAGAUCAUAUAUGACCCCCGAUACACCUCGGCAAACAGUAGAGGCGACAUUGCCCUGAUCAAGCUUAGUCAUCCCAUCAACUACACCAGCUACAUCCAACCAAUUUGCCUGCCAUCAGCAUCAGUCAACUUUCCAUGUGGCUUGGAAUGUUGGGUAACUGGCUGGGGAAAAGUGAAAGCUGAUGAAGAUUUAUCAUAUCCUGAAACCCUACAGGAAGUAAUGAUGCCUCUUAUAGACCAUGCCCGGUGUGACCAAAUGUACCACAUUGAGUCUGAAAUCAGCAUUGUCACAACCAUCAUCCAAGAGGAAAUGAUAUGUGCUGGUUAUGUCCAAGGACAGAAGGACUCCUGCCAGGGAGACUCCGGGGGUCCCUUAGUGUGUAAGGUGAAUGGUACUUGGAUCCAGGCUGGGGUUGUAAGCUGGGGGGAAGGAUGUGCUGCACCUAACCGCCCGGGGGUGUACACCCUCAUUCCAGCCUACGAGACAUGGAUCAAACAGAACAUUCCAGAGCUGGCAUUCAUCAAUAUCCCAAAAAUCCAAAGUCCAAAUCCACCAUGUGAAGACAUCAUCAACCCACCCUUGAUGUCUAAUGGGGGAGUGAGCUCUGCCUGUCUACCUUGGGAAAUCCUUCUCGUUUGUAUUUUAAUUCUGGGUCAGUUCUAGGAUAAUCUUUUUUCAAGUAAUUAAUACAAAUGUAUGAUCCAUUAUAUUAGUCAAUAUUAUACACGGUGGAAAUCGCAAUACACAGGUGUUUGCAUAAUUAAAAGCAGGUCUGUCGUAUAUUAAUACAUUGAAAAUUAAUUUCUUGCAUCUAUGGCAAAACAGAACAAGAACGUCUUAUUACGGUUGUUUCAAUGAGGAUGACUCAUAGUGAUUUAUAAAAUAGUCCUCAUCUCAAAAGUUAGAAAUAGUAUAUAACAUUUCAUUAAAAUCUGGGGAGUAGCUAGAACGCUAAAUGGGGACAAAGCAAACUUUUUCUUCUGAAUUUAUUGAUGAUACCUCAAAUUAAAAAAAAAAUUAUAUGGCAUGUCUUAUUUUGCAAUAUUUCAGAUACAAUUUGGCAUAUUAGAUUUUUGUCAUCUGUAUGAUAGUAUGACAAAAUCAGAGAAGGUAAAACUGUCUGUUAU